UACUUUAAUUGCAUCUUUCUCUAUUACCAAUUGCUUGGUGUACUCUUUUCUUUGAACUGGCGGAUUUUAGCAGAUUUCAGUGUGGGAAAUCAUUCCAUCAAAUCAUCCCAGAACAUGUCUACCAUCACUUCAAAAGAUCGAGAAAAACUUCUCGAAGAACUCAAAUUUCCGUUCUGUGACGACGUAAACAAGUACGAAAUAUUGGCCAAAAUUGGACAGGGCACCUUUGGGGAAGUGUUUAAAGCGCGCCACAAAGAAAACAAGAAAAUUGUGGCUAUCAAGAAAGUGCUGGUUAUAAAUGAAAAGGAGGGGUUUCCUGUCACUGCCUUGAGAGAAAAUCACAUUCUCAAACUUCUGAAUCUGGGUUCCGAAGGCGACCCUCAAUGUCCAAAUGUGGUUAAUCUCAUUGAAGUUUGCCGAACCAAAGUAACUCAGCCCAACAAUUGCAAGCCCACCCUUUUCUUAGUCUUGGACUUUUGUGAACAUGAUCUGGCUGGUCUACUGUCAAAUGCCAAUGUCCGAUUUAGUCUGGGAGAAAUCAAAGAGGUAAUGCAGCAGCUUUUUGAGGGAAUAUCUUUUAUCCACAGAAAGAAAAUCCUGCACAGAGACAUGAAACCUGCCAAUAUUUUGAUAACUAAAAGUGGUGUCCUAAAGUUGGCUGAUUUUGGUCUAGCAAGAGGAUUCAGCUUACAUGAAAAUAACCAAUCAAACAGAUAUACCAACCCUGUCGUCACUUUGUGGUACCGACCACCCGAGUUGCUAUUAGGAGAACGAAAUUACGGACCACCAGUUGACAUGUGGGGUGCUGGUUGCAUUAUGGCUGAAAUGUGGACCCGUAACCCAAUCAUGCAGGGCAAUACUGAACAACACCAAGUCACAUUGAUUUGUCAGCUCUGUGGCUCAUUCGACCCAACAAUUUGGCCGGACGUUGGAAAACUGGAAUUGUACAACAAAAUGAAAUUGCCUAAAGGACAAAAACGAAAAUUGAAGGAACGUUUGAACCCGUGCGUUAAGGACCCCUACGCUUGUGAUCUGUUGGACAAAUUGUUGACUUUGGAUCCUUCGAAGCGAGCGGAUGCCGAUGCCGCCCGGAACCACACAUUUUUCCGAAGCGACCCUUUGCCUUGCAAUCUAUCCACGAUGCUUAGCCGACAUGAUCACAAUAUGUUCGCAUUUCUGACCCCUCCACGUCAAGCUGGAAGACCUCACCCGGCUUUGCCCCAACCUAAGCCUCAUCUGUCUCCCGACAGCAGUUUUCCAGAUCGCAUUUAUUAAAUUUAUUGACGCUUGCCCGCUCUUUCAAUUUGACUUUCAAAGUAGUAUAAUGUCUAUCUAUGUGUCUAAUCCCACUGCCUAGUAGAUGUACGCACACGUGCUAUUUUCGGAUCACAAAGAAGGUCCUUCGAAAAUUUUUAAUAGACAUAAUAAAAGAAUUUCUCGAAACUGGAAUAAAAGAUUUAUGAAGAUUGUCA